UCUCUUCGUUCACUUGCGCAACGCUGCAGUAGCGCGCGCGGCUUUUCUCUGUGCUCCUCCGCUAGCCACCGGACACCGGUCUCCGUGCGACUGAUUCCAGGAUUCCCCGGGAUAACGACGACAUUUGUGUCCGUGGCAAUGGUGAUUGACAGAUAAUUGACAGAGGAAGACAUCAGGUGCAGUUUUUGUGUCUGAGCAGAGAGAGAGCUGGGUGGCGUGGGUCUCUGAAUAUGUUCUCCACCCUUCUAUGGAGGUGAAUUAUUAAAUUGUUGGAGGAUCCCUUUAAAAAACAGACGUCCUGUCCGUGCUGGUUAUUAUGGGGUGUGCCUGGUGCAAGCAGAAGAAGUCCACCAAAACAGUAGCAGCAAUAUCAGCAGCAUCAGAUGUUACAGAUCUGUCUCCUAGCAACACAGAUGGAGGGGUGUCCACGGCCUUGACUCAGGGCCGUUACUGUAUCGACCCUACUCAGAUCAUCCCAGACUUCAACAAGGGCUUCUGUAGCCCCAUGUUCCCCAGUACCAACGCACAACAAAGGCCUGGAGGCAUAACAAGUGGUGGAGUCACGCUCUUUAUAGCUCUGUAUGACUACGACGCUCGCACUGAAGAUGACCUUACCUUCCAGAAAGGAGAAAAAUUCCAAAUCAUCAACAACACAGAGGGCGACUGGUGGGAGGCUCGAUCUUUGGACACCGGCAACUCAGGUUAUAUCCCCUCCAACUACGUAGCUCCUGUGGACUCCAUACAGGCCGAGGAGUGGUAUUUUGGCAAGAUGGGGAGAAAGGAUGCAGAGAGACAGCUGCUGGGCCACAGCAACCAGAGAGGGACUUUCCUCAUCCGAGAGAGUGAGACCACCAAGGGUGCUUACUCUCUGUCUAUCCGUGACUGGGAUGAUACCAAAGGAGACCACGUUAAGCAUUAUAAGAUCCGCAAACUGGACAACGGUGGCUACUACAUCACCACGAGGUCACAGUUUGACACUGUGCAGCAGCUGGUAGAGCACUACACAGAGAGAGCGGCGGGCCUGUGCUGCCGCUUGAUUGGCAGCUGCAAGCGGGGCAUGCCUAAGCUGGCCGACUUAUCAGUGAAGACCAAGGAUGUGUGGGAGAUUCCCCGUGAAUCCCUCCAGCUGAUUAAGAAACUGGGCAAUGGCCAGUUUGGAGAAGUCUGGAUGGGCAUGUGGAACGGAACCACCAAGGUAGCGGUGAAGACUCUGAAGCCAGGAACUAUGUCCCCCGAGGCCUUCCUGGAGGAGGCACAGAUCAUGAAGAGACUUCGCCAUGACAAGCUGGUGCAGCUCUAUGCCGUCGUGUCUGAGGAGCCCAUCUACAUUAUCACCGAGUUCAUGAGCCAAGGGAGUUUGUUGGACUUCUUAAAAGAUGGAGAGGGGCAGAGCCUGAAGCUGCCUCAGCUGGUGGACAUGGCUGCACAGAUUGCAGCUGGAAUGGCGUACAUUGAGAGGAUGAAUUACAUCCAUCGUGACCUGCGAGCAGCAAACAUCCUAGUUGGAGACAAUCUUGUGUGUAAGAUUGCUGACUUUGGCCUGGCUAGGCUCAUUGAGGACAAUGAGUACACAGCUAGACAAGGAGCGAAGUUCCCCAUCAAGUGGACGGCUCCAGAAGCUGCGUUGUUUGGACGCUUUACCAUCAAGUCAGAUGUGUGGAGCUUUGGCAUCCUACUAACUGAACUCAUCACUAAGGGACGUGUGCCGUACCCAGGCCCCGCCUCACUCCAUGAACUGAUGCUGCAGUGCUGGAGGCGGGAGGCCGAUGAGAGGCACACUUUUGAGUACCUGCAGUCCUUCCUUGAGGACUACUUCACCGCCACAGAGCCACAGUACCAGCCUGGAGAAAACCUGUGAUCACACCCCCGCUGGACACACGGAGCAAUAAAUGAAUAAACAGAGACAGACACACAUGUACUGUACACUGAUAGGCAUAUGGCAGUACAUGUAUGUACUGUUAUAGUAUUUGUUGCUCACAUACCACACAUGGGUUCACACAUAUAGGCACACAAUACGCACAUAAAGAUACAUAUCAUUCCCUGUGUAAUUGUUUAAAGACAGUUUCCUCCCUUUGGUCAUCGAUCACUGCAGCCCAUUCAGGACAGAUCAGUCCACCAUGCUGAAAAGUCGGAGCUCUGCUGCUCAGGCCUUGCAGUAAUGUUGCUUUACUCUGUAACCAUGACAACAAA